CCUGGCCCAGGCGCGGGGUCCAAGAUGGUGGCGCUAGGAGCCGCGACCCAGUGAUAGCGGCCGUGGAGGGGCCCCCGACCGAGCGGGAGGUUGGGGGUAGCCUGGAGAUUCUGAAGACAGGAAUAAGAUGAAGGAAUGGAAAUCAAAGAUGGAAAUGUCUGAAGAAAAGAAGUCAGCAAGGGCUGCAUCCGAAAAACUCCAAAGACAGAUCACCCAGGAAUGUGAGUUAGUUGAAACCAGUAAUUCUAAGGACAGAUUAUUGAAGCACUGGGUAAGCCCUUUAAAGGAUGCAAUGAGACAUCUCCCUUCCCAAGAGAGCAGUAUCAGGGAAAUGCAUAUUAUCCCCCAGAAAGCCAUUGUGGGAGAGAUUGGCCAUGGAUGUAAUGAAGGAGAAAAAAUACUUUCUGCAGGAGAAAGCUCCCAUAGAUAUGAGGUUAGUGGCCAAAACUUCAAACAGAAGUCAGGAUUAACUGAACAUCAGAAAAUUCAUAAUAUAAAUAAGACCUAUGAAUGUAAGGAAUGUGGAAAAACCUUCAACAGGAGUUCAAACCUGAUCAUACAUCAGAGAAUUCAUACAGGAAAUAAGCCAUAUGUGUGUAAUGAAUGUGGGAAAGACUCUAAUCAAAGUUCAAAUCUUAUUAUACAUCAGAGAAUUCAUAUAGGAAAGAAACCUUAUAUAUGUCAUGAAUGUGGAAAAGACUUCAAUCAGAGCUCCAAUCUGGUGAGACAUAAGCAAAUUCACAGUGGUGGGAAUCCCUAUGAGUGCAAAGAGUGUGGGAAGGCUUUUAAGGGAAGCUCAAACCUUGUCCUGCACCAGAGAAUCCACAGUAGGGGGAAGCCAUAUUUAUGCAAUAAAUGUGGGAAGGCUUUCAGUCAAAGCACAGAUCUUAUUAUACAUCACAGAAUUCACACUGGAGAGAAACCCUAUGAAUGUUAUGACUGUGGACAGAUGUUCAGUCAAAGUUCACACCUUGUCCCACAUCAGAGAAUUCACACUGGAGAGAAACCCCUCAAAUGUAAUGAAUGUGAAAAAGCCUUCAGGCAGCAUUCUCACCUUACUGAACACCAGAGACUCCACAGUGGAGAGAAACCCUAUGAAUGUCACAAAUGUGGGAAGACCUUCAGUGGGCGCACAGCUUUUCUUAAACAUCAGAGAUUGCAUGCUGGAGAGAAACUUGAAGAAUGUGAGAAAACCUUCAGCAAGGAUGAGGAGCUUAGGGAAGAGCAGAGAAUUCACCAGGAAGAGAAAGCUUAUUGGUGUAAUCAGUGUGGUAGGAAUUUCCAGGGCACCUCAGACCUCAUCAGACAUCAGGUAACUCAUACAGGAGAGAAAACAUAUGAAUGUAAAGAAUGUGGGAAAACUUUCAAUCAGAGCUCAGACCUUGUGAGACAUCAUAGAAUUCACAGUGGAGAAAAACCUUGUGUAUGUAGCAAAUGUGGGAAAUCUUUUAGGGGCAGCUCAGAUCUUAUUAGACACCAUCGUGUUCAUACUGGAGAGAAACCCUAUGAAUGUAGUGAAUGUGGGAAAGCCUUUAGCCAGAGGUCACACCUUGUUACACACCAGAAAAUCCAUACUGGAGAGAAGCCCUAUCAGUGCACUGAAUGUGGGAAAGCCUUCAGGCGGCGUUCACUCCUUAUUCAACAUCGGAGAAUUCAUAGUGGUGAGAAACCCUAUGAAUGUAAGGAAUGUGGGAAGCUCUUCAUUUGGCGCACGGCUUUCCUCAAACAUCAGAGCCUGCAUACUGGAGAGAAACUUGAAUGUGAGAAAACCUUCAGCCAGGAUGAGGAGCUUAGGGGAGAGCAGAAAAUUCACCAGGAAGAGAAAGCUUAUUGGUGUAAUCAGUGUGGUAGGGCUUUCCAGGGCAGCUCAGACCUCAUCAGACAUCAGGUAACUCAUACAAGAGAGAAACCAUAUGAAUGCAAAGAAUGUGGGAAAACUUUCAAUCAGAGCUCAGACCUUCUGAGACAUCAUAGAAUUCACAGUGGAGAAAAACCUUAUGUAUGCAACAAAUGUGGGAAAUCUUUUAGGAGUAGCUCAGAUCUUAUUAAACACCAUCGUAUUCAUACUGGAGAGAAACUCUAUGAAUGUAGUGAAUGUGGGAAAGCCUUCAGCCAGAGGUCACACCUUGCUACACACCAGAAAAUCCAUACUGGAGAGGAACCCUAUCAGUGCAGUGAAUGUGGGAAUGCCUUCAGGCGGCGUUCCCUCCUUAUUCAACAUCGGAGACUUCAUAGUGGUGAGAAACCCUACGAAUGUAAGGAAUGUGGGAAACUCUUCAUGUGGCGCACGGCUUUUCUCAAACAUCAGAGACUGCAUGCUGGAGAGAAACUUGAAGAAUGUGAGAAAACCUUCAGCAAGGAUGAGGAGCUUAGGAAAGAGCAGAGAACUCACCAGGAAAAGAAAGUUUAUUGGUGUAAUCAGUGUAGUAGGACCUUCCAGGGCAGCUCAGAUCUCAUCAGACAUCAGGUAACUCAUACAAGAGAGAAACCAUAUGAAUGUAAAGAAUGUGGGAAAACUCAAUCAGAGCUCAGACCUUCUGAGACAUCAUAGAAUUCACAGUGGAGAAAAACCUUACAUAUGCAACAAAUGUGGGGAAUCUUUUAGGAGCAGCUCAGAUCUUAUUAAACACCAUCGUGUUCAUACUGGAGAGAAACCUCAUGAAUGUAGUGAAUGUGGGAAAGU